UUCUGUUGCUUGCUACGGCUACUUUUUCAUCUUCAUUGAAGCCAGAAAAAAAGAACCUGUUACCCAUUUAAACAUCAUUGGUAGAGAGGCUUGUGAGCAAAAGGAGCCUUCUUCUUCCUCCAUGAAAAUGGAAGGUAAUGAUACUGCGAGUUCUUCGAAAGUAGCAGGCCCUGAGAUGAAUCAAGAUCCAAAGAAGGGAAAGGAGAAAGAUGAAGGAAAAGACACAGUGCCAUUGUACAAGCUUUUCUCAUUUGCUGAUCGGUUAGAUCGUUUGUUGAUGCUUGUUGGAACAGUUGGUGCUAUUGGUAAUGGAAUCUCCAUGCCAUUAAUGACUCUAAUAUUUGGGAAUAUGAUCAAUGCAUUUGGAGGAAACUCAAACACCAAAGAAGUUGUUGAUGAAGUUUCCAAGGUGUCACUGAAAUUUGUGUACUUGGCUGUGGGAACCUUUUUCGCAUCACUCAUGCAGGUGGCUUGUUGGAUGGUUACUGGGGAGAGACAGGCAGCACGAAUCAGAGGCUUAUACCUUCAAACAAUCUUGAGGCAAGAUGUUAGCUUCUUCGACAAGGAAACGAAUACCGGCGAGGUUGUUGGAAGGAUGUCCGGCGAUACUGUUCUUAUUCAAGACGCCAUGGGAGAGAAGGUAGGGCAGUUUAUACAGUUGAUGGCAACAUUCGUUGGAGGUUUUAUCAUAGCAUUUGUCAGAGGAUGGCUUCUAUCAGUUGUCAUGCUCUCUUCUAUUCCACUUCUUGUGAUGUCUGGUGCUGUAAUGACCCUGGUUAUUCAAAAAACAUCUUCUCGCGGACAAACAGCUUAUUCUGCUGCAGCAAGCGUAGUAGAGCAGACUAUAGGCUCCAUUCGAACGGUUGCAUCAUUCACUGGGGAGAAACAAGCUGUAAUUAAGUAUAAUCAGUCACUAAUCAAAGCUUACAAGACCGGUUUGCAAGAGGCCCUGGCUUCUGGUUUCGGUUUUGGCGUACUGUAUUUUGUUAUUAUUUCUACUUAUGGUUUGGCUAUAUGGUAUGGCGCCAAAAUGGUAAUCGAGAAAGGAUAUAAUGGAGGCGAGGUUAUCACUGUAAUCUUUGCUCUAUUGACCGGAUCCAUGUCUCUUGGUCAGGCAUCGCCGAGCCUAAGCGCGUUUGCUGCAGGGCAAGCGGCGGCGUUUAAGAUGUUUGAAACAAUUAAAAGGAAGCCGGAAAUCGAUGCUUCUGAUCCCAACGGUCUAAAGCUCGACGACAUUCGUGGAAACAUAGAGCUUAGGGAGGUCUGCUUUAGUUAUCCUACAAGGCCGGAUGAACUGAUAUUCAAUGGAUUUUCGCUUUCGAUACCGAGUGGAACUACUGCAGCUCUGGUGGGACAAAGUGGGAGUGGGAAAUCAACAGUUGUUAGUUUGAUUGAGAGAUUCUACGAUCCACAGGCUGGUGAAGUUCUCAUUGAUGGUAUCAACCUCAAAGAAUUUCAGCUUAAGUGGAUCAGGCAGAAAAUUGGCCUAGUUAGCCAGGAGCCAGUUCUCUUUGCUAGUAGCAUUAAAGAGAACAUUGCUUAUGGAAAAGACGGUGCAACCGAUGAAGAAAUUCGAGCCGCAGCAGAACUCGCCAAUGCUGCAAAAUUCAUAGACAAGCUUCCUCAGGGAUUGGAUACAAUGGUUGGUGAGCAUGGAACUCAGCUCUCUGGAGGACAAAAGCAGAGAGUUGCAAUAGCUCGAGCGAUUUUGAAAGAUCCAAGAAUCUUACUUCUUGAUGAAGCUACAAGUGCGCUUGAUGCCGAAUCUGAGAGGAUAGUACAGGAGGCAUUGGACAGAAUAAUGGUAAACCGAACAACUGUCAUUGUCGCGCAUCGUCUAAGUACUAUAAGAAACGCUGAUGCAAUUGCUGUUAUUCAUCAGGGAAAAAUAGUAGAAAGAGGUUCGCAUGCUGAGCUCACGCGUGAUCCUGAGGGGGCCUAUAGCCAGUUAAUUAGGCUGCAAGAAGUUAAAGACGCAAAUCACAAAGACAAACCAGAAAGUAUUUUGCAUUCUGGAAGAAUCUCGAGUCAUCGAUCUUCUUCUAUAAGAUCUCUAAGCCAUCAAGAAUCAUUCGGAAUUGGAAACAGCGGCCGCCACUCAUUCACAGCACCGUUUCCGGUUCCUACAGCAGUUGGCCUCACGGAAUCGCCACCUGAAGCUCCUACUUCUUCAACUGUCUCACCUUCGCCACCGGAAGUUCCUCUUCUUCGCCUCGCUUCUCUAAACAAGCCUGAGAUUCCAGUCUUAUUCAUGGGAUCAGUAGCUGCAGUGAUAAGUGGCUUGAUAUUUCCAGCUUUCGGCCUAGUGCUUUCGAAAAUGAUCACAAUUUUCUACGAACCGGCUCAUAAGCUUCGCCACGAUUCUAGAAUUUGGGCACUGGUGUUUGUUGGACUUGGAGCACUAUCAUUGUUUGUGUACCCUUCUAGAUUCUACCUUUUCGCCGUCGCCGGUGGUAAGUUGAUCAAGAGGAUCCGGGAGAUAUGUUUCGAGAAAGUGGUCAACAUGGAGGUGAGCUGGUUCGACGAAGCUGAUCAUUCAAGCGGAGCGAUUGGUGCUAGGCUUGCUACUGAUGCUGCUUCGAUCCGAGCUAUAGUCGGGGAUGCACUUGGAUUGAUGGUUGAAAACAUUGCUACAGCAGUUUCUGCCUUGGUGAUUUCUUUUGAUGCCUGCUGGCAACUUGCUCUUAUAGUUCUCGCUUUGGCGCCUUUGUUGGGGCUAAAUGGAUAUGUGCAGUUCAAGUUCUUGACAGGAUUCAGCUCUGAUGCAAAGAAAUUGUAUGAGGAAGCAAGUCAAGUGGCAAAUGAUGCUGUAGGGAGUAUUAGAACAGUUGCUUCCUUCUGUGCUGAAGAGAAGGUGAUGGACUUAUACCGCGAAAAAUGCGAAGGACCGAUCAAGACAGGGAUAAGAAAGGGAAUAAUCAGUGGUAUAGGUUUUGGAGUAUCAUUCUUCAUGAUGUAUUGUGUUUAUGCAACUAGCUUCUAUGCCGGAGCUCGUCUCGUGGAUGAUGGAAAAUCAACAUUCUCAGAUGUUUUCAGAGUCUUCUUUGCUCUCAGCAUGGCAGCUAUUGGAAUAUCCCAAUCCAGCUCCUUAGUCCCUGACUCAACCAAAGCGAAAAGCGCUGCAGCAUCUAUAUUCGCCAUUCUUGAUCGAAAGUCGCGAAUAGACCCCAGUGAGGAAUCUGGAUUAACACAUGAAGUUAAGGGAGAAAUUGAGCUUCACCAUGUCAGUUUCAAGUAUCCAACUAGGCCUGAUGUUCAAAUAUUCCGCAAUCUUAGCUUGACAAUUCGUAGUGGCAAGACAGUUGCACUGGUUGGAGAAAGUGGAAGUGGAAAGUCAACAGUGAUAGCAUUGCUACAAAGAUUUUAUGACCCUGAUUCAGGUCACAUUACACUUGAUGGAAAGGAUAUCCAAACUCUUCAAGUUAAGUGGCUAAGACAACAGAUGGGUUUGGUUAGCCAAGAGCCUGUUUUGUUCAACGACACGAUCCGAGCCAACAUCGCAUAUGGAAAAGGAGGAGAUGCAACAGAAGCAGAAAUCAUAGCUGCAGCAGAACUUGCUAAUGCUCACAAGUUCAUUAGUAGUUUGCAGCAGGGUUAUGACACGAUAGUAGGCGAGCGUGGCGUCCAAUUAUCCGGUGGCCAGAAGCAGCGAGUGGCGAUUGCAAGAGCCAUAGUUAAGAAUCCCAAGAUAUUGCUUCUAGAUGAAGCAACAAGUGCACUUGAUGCUGAGUCUGAGAAAGUGGUUCAGGAUGCACUUGACAGGGUUAUGGUGGACAGAACCACCAUUGUGGUGGCACAUAGGCUAUCUACAAUCAAAGGUGCUGAUUUGAUUGCAGUAGUUAAGAAUGGUGCUAUUGCAGAGAAGGGUAAGCAUGAAGCUUUGCUCAAUAAGGGAGGUGACUAUGCUUCAUUGGUAGCAUUGCACACAAGUGCUUCAUCUUAGAUUGAUUUUCAGAUGAAUACAAUUUAUUCAUUUUUGAGAAAUUUUGUAUCUACUUUAUUUUAUGUAGUACAUUGUGUUAACAAUUAUAUAUGCAUAUCAUUCUGCACAAUGUGCACAGGUUUAAGUCUAGUGACAAGAAAUAAGUAAUAACACAUCUUCUCAAUUCAAGUA